AUGCAUCACAAGAGUACAGUCAAAAAGACAUUCAAAGUCGUAUUCUUCUUCAUCCAGGCGCUAGUGUUUAUUUCUGGGGUCGGAGGGUCGAUAGUCGGAACAACCAUCUAUUUAACGGCGCAGGAGUUACUUCAGAUACCUGCAAAGAUACUCAUGCUUUCAUAUACUAUAGGGGUCCUAGAGGUUCUGUCGGCCAUCCUUGGAUAUACAGCACUAUCAUCCAGGAGGAAGCUCCGAAUGCUAGUUUACAUCUCGAUUACACUUGUACUUAUGAACAUACAGGCCAUAAUAGCAGUCAAGAGCUGGGAUGUUUACGAAAGGUCACGCGAGUGGGGCGACUGGCGAUGGAGCUCAUUGACAGAGAAUCAGAGAAACUUUGUUCAGGCAAAGUUCAGGUGCUGUGGGUUUUAUAAUGCAGCAGAUAGAAGCGGAUCGAGCUGUGGAGGGGAAAAUGGAUGUGUGGGUGCGGUCUACAAGCUUUCCAAGAGUGUGUCGAAGCUCAUACAGAAGAUACUAAUGUUCCUGUUCUUUUUUGAAUCUGUUGGAGUUGGAAUAUUAAGCAUGCUAAGGCUUAGAAAGUGA